AUAGUCCAUAAGUCAGACCAUGUGCAUGUGCAGGGGGAGGCACAGGUGACUGGGUUACCCUUGUUGCUCUCAGGCUGAAAGUCCCUUUGUUGUCGGCGGAUCAAGCUCCACUUCAAAGGCAUGAAAUUUGUCCACGAUGAAACCAAACCGAGGCGAUCCGUCUGCAGCUGCCUCUGCACACACAACGAGAGUAGCAUGCUCGGCUGUGGGACGCAGGCCAACAAUGAUCUGGCAGGUUCAUUGUUACAAAGCUCCCAGUGAGUUGGUAACCCUCAGCUGAAAAAGGGCCUUUUUGCAGGGUGGAGGCAGCACGCUCACAGCAGCCAGGACCUGUCACAUUACUCUCAGCUCCACAGCAGGACGAAGGCACCUGAAAACAGGCUGUGAGUGAGGGAGGGUAACAGGAGUGCAGAAGCCUCUGCUGCAGCGACUUGGGACUUUGGGGAAACUUUUUCCUCUCGAGUGAAGGGGACUGCAGCGGUGUGUUGCCUGGUUAACAGUUGUCCUGCUCCUUUCUAAGACUUUGGAUCUGUUUGAAAAAUAGACAGCGCAAUGGAUCAGGAUGCUCUAGUGGACUAUGAGUACCCGGACCUGGAUCCUAUCCCAUCAAAAAUAGAAAGAGAAAUAAUCCCUCCAUGUGAUCCUACGGCUGAUGACAGACUCUACCACAUAUGCAUCACUGCAAUAUCUUUUGUCAUCAUGCUGAUCCUCGCAGUGUUAGCCAGACGCACAAAGACAGGGUACAGACAAAAAGGACUCCCAGGUUUACUAAGCCCAGUCAACUUCCUGGACCAUACUCAGCACAAGGGCCUGGCAGUGGCUGUGUUUGGUGUGCUCUUGUGCAAACUGUGGGGCCUGGUGCUGUCGCCAAACCCUCUUCCCUUCACUGAAGAUACAGAAAACAAACAAUAUUGGGUGAUCCUGGGAGUCUUCUACUACCCCGCACUAUACUACCCUCUCCUGGCAUGUGGCACUUUACAUAAUAAAGUUGGCUAUGUACUUGGUAGCCUUUUGUCGUGGACACACUUUGGCAUUCUGGUCUGGCAGAAAAUUGACUGUCCGAAGGAUCCUUUGAUACACAAACACUACUCCCUUUUCUCCAGCCUGCCCCAGAUAGCUUGCUUGGCAUUCCUUAGUUUCCAGUAUCCCCUGUUUCUAUUCAAGGGCCUAAAGGGCACUGAAAAGAACAACGCCACUGAGGAUCUAAGCAGCAGCUACUAUAAAGACUAUGUGAAGGAACUGUUCAAGAAGAAGCUCACAAAAAUCAGCACAUCAAGCGAGACGCCAAAGCUCCCUCAAAGAAUAAUUGAUGCUGUGAAGUCGUACAUUUAUACACCAGAGGAAGCUUUCCGUUUCCCACUCAAGUUGGCUAUUUCUGGUGUCGUGUCAUUUAUAGCAGUGUAUCAGAUGAGUCUUCUACUGAUCUCAGGCGUGGUGCCAACCCUCCAGACUGCCCGUGAAGGAGUCGAUGAAGACGUUGCCAACCUUUUAGCCGGCUUCAAAAUUAUGCUGUCUUCAGACAAACAUGAAGUGGUCAGGAUCGUGGUUUAUUACAUGUGGUGUGUGGAGGUGUGCUAUAUUUCAGCGAUGACCCUGUCUGGCCUGGUUAACCUGGCUAUGCUCAUGCGCUCCAUGGUUCUGCAUCGGUCAAACCUGAAGGGGCUGUACAGAGGAGACAUCUAUAAUGUUUACAACUGCCAAAGAAGCAUCAGGGCUUCACGUCCGGCACUUGUCUGCUGGAUGGGAUAUACAAGCUUCACAGCAGCUCACAUCUGUAUCGCCAUGAUGAUCCAGACAUUGGUGUUCUUCCUCUGCCUCCUGGUUGCCGUCUUCCUCAUCGUUAUACCUAUUCUGUAUGGGCAGAAUCUGAUCAUGUUUAAUAUCCUGUUGGGCAUGUGGCCCUUCUGGCUGAUGAUUAUCUUGGCUGUAUUGAUUCAGCAUAUCACCGGCAAGUUUUGUUUCAUCACAAAAACAGGAGGCACACGAGACCUAGACAACAGGGGCAACCUGUUCCUGCUAACCUACCUGCUGUUCCCAGUCAAUGUUCUGAUCGGGGUGAUGCUAGCCGUGUGGCGAAUGAUCAUCACAGCCUUAUACAACAUUGUGCACAUGGGACGCAUGGAUAUCAGUCUUCUAAACCGAAGUGUGGAGGCAUUUGACCCAGCCUACCGCUGCUAUGCUCAUUAUCUCAAGAUUGAGGUGAGCCAGUCCCACCCAGUGAUGAAGGCGUUCUGCGGGGUGCUGCUGCAGUCUGUGGGCGAGGAAAGCAACUCUGCACAAAGGGCACGGGACGCUGAAGAGGGGAUCCAGCUGGUCCAGCAGGAGAAGAAACUGCACAAAGUCUGCAGCGCCAAGAGGGCCCGCAGGCACUGGCAGCUCCUCUACACGCUGGUCAACAACCCCUCCCUGGUGGGCACCAGGAAGCACUUCCAAUGUCAGACUGCCGAGAGCUUUCUGAAUGGAAGUUUGAAUCGCAGCGCCAAGGAGGGGAGCAACAAGGAGACAGAGGCUUCUGCCAGCAACUGAACGUUAAUAGGACUCUGACUAAAAGAUCUGCUGCAGAGUCUCUUUGGGUUUGAUGAAAUUCUACAGUCAUAUUAUGUUCAUCCGUACCUGCUGUAGAUGUGGUGAAAUAAGUGCACUUACAGGUCAGUGCCACGUGUAGAAAUAUUCACCCGGCCUUACCUGUCUGCAGACUGUGAGUCCACUUCGUGCUCUUCAUGUCCCCCCUGCUUGUUUAUAUGUUUGGAGCAUAGUCUACAGCCUGAUGAAAGCUCAUGUGGCACUGACCUCCUGUCCAAACACGCUCAUCAAGUGUCAUUCUCAGCACGUGUGUGUGCUUAUUUUGGGAUAGCACUCAUUUUCAAAUAAGUUGCUAUUAUUAUAAAGUGCAGAUAACACUAUUUGUAGUUUCCCAACCUGAACACAUGGAUGUGCACUUCACUGAAGCAUCCUUUUUUUAGAGGGUCUUAAAAUGUAGAGCAUUUCACUAUUUAUGAAUUCACAGAAUGAGCUGUUUUCAGAAGCUUGGUAUGAAAUUAUUUUUUCAAUUGUACACAUUUUGUGAAAUUAACAAAAAACCUGUGGAAUAUAUGAUCUGUCAGAUAAAUUAAGCUGUAUUAUCUAUUGUAUUUGUAGAUCUUUAAGGUAAAAACCACUUGCUGCUGCUGCUGGCAUUUUCUAACUUUUGUUCAACCUUUUUUGGUUCCUGAUAUUCACCAACAUCACAUUGUCUGUGUCUAUAUUUACAUUUAAAAUGAGGACUUUACCUGAAAAUAUAAACAUUAAAAUUUUCCUUCUGAUCACUGUGAAAAUAAAACUCAAAAUACUGUUU